UUGGCGAUAAUCUUCUUAAAAGCACAGCUCUUGGCCCUAAAGUUGGUGAAAACUGUUGUGAAGGUCCUAGAACUGAUGAUUUAUUGCUAAAUCAUAGAGCUGGUAAUUGUUGUCAUGAAGGCAUGAUUAAUGAAGAUUAA